GAGUGCAUGCCUUGUUGGCCGAAGUGAGUUCAGUCAGUGUGCACUAAUUACGCUGUAGGGGAAAGGACGGAAGGGAGACAACUAACCAGUGUAACUACGGACUUCGGACAGUAGCAUGCAAAAGAUGCUCACCGUCAUUUCUAACGUGUUGAGAGGCAGCGCCGCAAAAAAUUCUUCCACAAGGAGAGCUAUUCUCCAGCUGCUGGCAGCCCAGUCCGAGUAUGCUGACUUUACCUCGCCCCCAGAUACGGCACCAUCACCACAAAGACCCAGCUCAGAUUUAGACUCUCCUCUCCUGGGAAUCUGCGCGAGUGUGCCUGAGAUAGUCGCACCCUUACCUUACCUAGGAGUCAGUGUCUGUCACCCCUUCCCAGUUGUGUCUUGCACAGAACCAGCUGUGAACAGCAGACCUGUUGAAGACUUCACAAGAUCAGACCAUUCAGUGCUCACUUCCAGGCACAAUGUGGAAUCAAUCAUUUCACAAGACUCUGAGACUGAGGGAAACAAAGCAGAGCUCAGCUUUGCUGGAAUGCCAGAGCACAUAGAGACUGCAGAACCUGCACUAAAUAUAGACCAUCCUACCCCAGCAUUUAUCUCACCAGAACCCACAAUUGAGACAGAAAUAUCCACCCCUGCAUUAACCUCACUAGAACCCCUACUUAAUAUGGACCAAACUAGGCCAGAAAUAACCUCAUUAGAGCCUGCAGUGAAUGCAGACCAUUCCACCUCGCAAUUAACCUUACUAGAACCUACAGCAAAUACAGAACCAACAAGUCCUGAAUUAUCUUCACUAGAACCCACAAUAAAUACAGAUCAAAUCUCCCCAGAGUUAAGCUCACUACAGCCCACAGUGAAUGCAGAUGAACCCUGCCCAGAGUUAAGCUCACUACAGCCCACAGUGAAUGCAGAUGAACACAGCCCAGAGUUAAGCUUACUUCAGCCCACAGUGAAUGCAGAUGAACCCAUCCCAGAGUUAAGCUUACUACAGCCCACAGUGAAUGCAGACCAACCCAGCCCAGAGUUAAGCUUACUACUGCCCACAGUAAAUACAGACCAACCCUGCCAAGAGUUAACAUCCCCAGAUCCAGCAGCCAGUACCUGCACAGCUGCUGGACACUCCCCUUUGCUUGGGCCUGCAGUGUGCAGUGCGGUGACCGCCACAGACAUAGCAUUCCCCCAACGCCCGGUGAAUACCCACAGGCUGACUGAAGAUUUACCCUUACCAGAGCCACAGCUUGCUGGAGCCAGAGUAGUAGUGUCGGCACGCACCUACGCGGACUUCACCCCACAGGCUACCUUCGAUAUAAAGAAGUGUGAUGUGCACCGCCUGGAGGAAGGCCCGCCCGUGCAGGCGGUGCUGACGCGGGAGGAGGGGCUGAAGUACUAUCGCACCAUGCAGACCAUGAGGCGCAUGGAGCUAAAGGCAGACCAGCUCUACAAGCAGAAGAUCAUCCGCGGUUUCUGUCACUUGUAUGAUGGCCAGGAGGCGUGUGCUGUAGGCAUCGAGGCGGGCAUCAACCUCUCAGACCACUUGAUCACAGCCUACCGAGCCCACGGCUACACUUUCACCCGAGGGGGCGCCAUAAAGCAGAUCAUGGCUGAGCUCACUGGAAGGAGGGGCGGCAUCGCUAAGGGCAAGGGCGGCUCCAUGCACAUGUACACCAAGAACUUCUACGGAGGGAACGGCAUUGUGGGUGCUCAGGUGCCUUUGGGAGCGGGCGUGGCACUUGCAUGCAAGUACCUGGGGAACAACCAGUUGUGCGUCACACUUUAUGGCGACGGAGCUGCCAACCAGGGUCAGAUUUUUGAGACUUACAACAUGGCAGCUCUGUGGAAGCUGCCUUGCAUCUUCAUCUGUGAGAACAACAAGUAUGGCAUGGGCACAUCUGUGGAGCGUGCUGCCGCCAGCACUGACUAUUACAAGCGAGGAGACUUCAUUCCCGGCCUCAGGGUGGACGGAAUGGAUGUUCUGUGUGUGAGGGAAGCCACCAAGUUUGCUGCAGACCACUGCAGAGCCGGGAAGGGUCCUGUUGUCAUUGAGCUCCAGACAUACCGUUACCAUGGACACAGCAUGAGUGAUCCUGGCGUCAGUUACCGUACACGUGAAGAGAUCCAGGAGGUGCGCAGUAAGAGUGACCCCAUCUCCUUGCUGAAGGACCGCAUGCUCACCAACAAUAUGGCCAGCGUUGAGGAGCUCAAGGAAAUUGAUGUAGAGGUGCGGAAGGAGAUUGAGGAUGCAGCACAGUUUGCUACCACUGACCCUGAGCCCCCCCUGGAUGAUCUGUGCAACCACCUCUUCCACAACGAACCACCCCUGGAGGUGCGAGGCACCAACCCCUGGAUGAAGCUGAAGUCUGUCAGCUGAGAGCCUAGAGGAACCUCACCCCCCAUUGCCCAGGCCCACCCUGUCAACCCACUAUCAAGAUUAUUUUCCCCCUUUUUUUUUUUUGUUCCCCAUCAAGGCAUAUCUCCAGUUAACGCCUCUUAGCAGUCCCCACUUUCCUCCCAGCCAUGACCCAAACCCCCACACUCCACCCAAUGUGUCCAGGCUGGGCUCAACAGCAUUGAGCACUUCAGCCAGGCUCAGAAACAUGACAUUCCCAGUCAUGGUUUCAGUAACUUUGUAAAAACAUAUACUGGCCUUAUUAUUCAUGUUAACAUUAUUAUUUUGUUGUGUUUCAGUGUUAAAUUAAAGAUCAGUUAAUGGUCUAAGGUUUAUAAAAGGGAUCUUUUCACUUUGCCAAAAAAAAAUGUUACCUUGAAUGAUAAAGGCAAGAAAUAUUUCUUGGCUGCUGUUCAUGUUGCUAUAUUUACAAAUUUUAGAUUUUAGAAAAAUAGAAACGGCAAAGGCCAGCUUGUCUUCAGAGGCAGUUGUAGCAACAAGGCGAACAAGACCUCGAUGCCAUCCCUAAAUUGACACCUUGGACAAAUACAAAUAAUCCUUUUUUUGUUGUGCGAAAGGUUUUGUAAGUUGCUCGAUGUUAAUACUAACAAAUAUAAAAUGUUUGCCAUCUGUGGACCAUCAGUGACAGAGAAACUCAAAUGGGAAUAUACAAUCUACCUCUCUUUUUCUCUGUCUCUGUAACCUUGAGUAACAAACUGUGUGUGAGACAUGGGAUCAGAGGGAGGGUUCUAAUGUACACAGGGUGGAUGUGGAAGUGUUGUCUCUAGGUGUUGAGGAAGGCAGAGAGGUGGAAAGAGAUUUUAUUAUGUGGAGGUCUGAAAAAUUUAAUCCAGAAAAUAUCAAGGCUGUUACCUGACAUUGUACUUGUGCUGUCUAAAGGAAAUAAAUACAUUGGAAUGUCUGAAUUA